AUGGCGAGUUUUGAAAUGUCCGACAUCGAUUUAGAAUGCGGUGGUCACCGCCGUAGCUCCAACGAGGGCGACGAUGGUAGCCUCUGCUUCUCCGACGCAGACGAGGGUUCUUGUUAUUCUCAGUUUUACUCCACUGCUGAUGGCUCUUACGAUGACUAUAGUUUUGCUUGCGCCUCUGAACCUGAGAUUUGUGAAGUUUCGGGUUCUCGGAGAGUUUCAUCGGUGGCCGACUCUGAUUGCUCGGUGGAUAUCGAAAAUGGGUUUAGUGAAAUUAAGGUCCAUUUGGGGAAAGAAGAGAGAGAUUGUAGAAUCUGUCAUCUGAGUUUGGUGAGUACUAGUCCUGAGGCUGGGAUAGCCAUUGAACUGGGUUGUUCUUGUAAGAAUGACUUGGCUGCUGCUCAUAGGCAUUGCGCUGAGGCUUGGUUCAAGAUUAAGGGAAAUAAGACUUGCGAAAUUUGUAAUUCAAUUGCAAGUAAUGUCGUCAGCAUAAAUGAUAUUGAACCACAACAGCAGGUGAAUGAAACCACUGCUGUGGCAACAAACGCAGCCUCCGCACCAGUAUCGACUCCCACAGAGACCCGAAGCUGCUUUAAUGGUCACCGCUUCCUAAAUUUCCUCCUUGCUUGCAUGGUAUUUGCUUUUGUUAUAUCUUGGCUCUUUCACUUCAACAUCCCAGCAUGAACUCCUUUGAAAGAGUUCUUGUGCCAAAAUGGAAUCGCGAAAAGAAAAAGUGGGAAAAAGGAAAGAAGAUUUAACAAUUGCAGGUCUUGUAAUGACAAGAAAGACGAUAAUUUUAUGUAUUGUUCUUGAUAUGUUUAUCAAAAAGAAAAAGGCGCGAAAAGAGAAAGGUGAUUAAAAAAUUCUCAUUUUUCAACAACCGUAGUUGAUUAAGUUCUUAGAUUAGG